UGUGAUUGGGUCACUACCAUAUGAGGCAGCAGAUAAGAUACCCUUGAGUACCUUUUUAUUUCUGUGCAAUGCAUAUAAGUACAGAGUAGUCGAUGUGCGGGUUAGUCAAAGGGAGCAACUCCUUCUACCUCCUACUCAAUAAUGAAGACCGCUGGCGUAAAUGAGCUGGAAAUUUAAAAAAAGAAAAUAAAAGUCAUAUAAAAAGGAAAAAUUCCUAGGUCAGUUGAGGUAAAAUGAUCGGGGUGGGUGGGGUGAAGUGUUCGAUUUCUUUCCUUCUGGCCCUCCUGUUCACCUGUACACCCAGCCAUAGACGGAUACGCAUACAACCGCUCACUCAUACGUGUAGCUCCAUCCAUCAUCCGUCAGGGCAAAAACUUCAGAAACUGGCGGGUCCAGCAGCAAAGUUUGGCAGAAAUUUGACCUGCCGAUUACUCCAUAUGGUAAACCACUUGAGCCUUAUCUCUCGUCAGAGUUCAUGGCUGCCAUGUGACCUUGUGUAGCCAAAGGAUAAUCAGGAAAUAGAAAGGAAGCUUUUUUUGGGAUGUGUGCAGAUGAGAUAUGUUUGGGUUUGUAUUGUAGUGUUAUUUACAACUGGAGAAAGAAUGAGGAGAGAGA